GGUUGUCACGUGAAACAACAGCAGGAAGUGAAUCGCUGCGUUUGUGAUGUUCACACAGUGAGGAAGGUUUGAGUUUAACUACUUGCACCAUAAGAUGCGAAUAUUAACAUUGAAGUCACACAACAGGCUGUAAAUUAAGGACUUCCGUGGAGCCGCACAAAUGAGUGUGCGCGCUUUGUGGAUUAUUUCUCACGAGAAGGGAGAAAAUGUGUCAGUACGCUGUUCAAGGAGGUUUGCUACUGUGGAGCACCGUGCAAAGAGCCUGGCAGGAUCCUCAUAUAUAGCAGUCCCAGAGGAACACACUGUCCUGCAGCUUCUGCUCACUGAGCUGGGACUCUCAGACUCAGACAAGUCCUUUGUAGCUCUCAGAGAUGAUUGCCUUCAUCGUCAGCGGUCACCAGCCCUGGAGCUGCAUGUGGACAGUCCUGCAAAGGGAAUACUUUGGCCGGUGUUGGCCAUAUCGCAAGGGCCUCUUAUUCUAGCUUGCCUGCCUUUAGUGGAUGCCCCUGCUGAGCCACGGCCACCCCUUGCCAGCCUGCUGUCUGUCUCUCAGGGCCUCACACUCCUGGCCGGUCUGCAGACCUUUCUCCUUGGCUCUGGGGGUAAGCCUGAUAACGAGGGCCUGGCCUCUCGCCUGCUGAUGCUGCCCUCGGUACUCCUGCAUGUUUGUCCACUUGGCACACCUCUGGAUGUGCCACUACUGGCGGCACCUGCUACACCCACAGUGCCAGCUCCCGCUGGGAAUCAGAAGCAGCCAGCCUGGAAGACUGGGCUCCACCGUGGUCGAGCUGUGGUGAACGUUGCACUGAUAGAAACAGUGCGCUCGAUGCAGUAUGGUAACCGAAGCAGACAGGAUCUGUGGGAUGUUUAUGGCACUGUGACGUGCAAAUGCGAAGUGGAAGGGGUGCUCCCAAAUGUGACUGUGACCCUCACACUGCCACCAAUUGGUUCUCCACUACAGGACAUCCUGGUCCAUCCUUGUGUUACCUCACUGGACUCUAGUAUCCUGACUGCCAGCAGCGUAGAUAGCUAUGAUGGCUCAGCUUUUUCUGGGCCAUACAAGUUCCCCUUCUCUCCUCCCCUGGAGCCUUUCAGACUAUGCAGCUAUACAUCUCAGGUCCCCGUUCCUCCUAUCCUCGGUUCGUAUCAACUGAAGGAAGAAGAGAACCAGCUGCGUGUGUCAGUAACCCUCAAACUUCAUGAGAGUGUGAAGAACAGCUUUGAGUACUGUGAAGCACACCUGCCAUUCUUUAACAGGGAUCAGAUGGGUGUUGUGGAUAUGAAGGUGAGCUCCGGACAACUGGAUGUUGCAAAAGAGAAGAAUCUACUGGUCUGGGGCCUGGGACAAAAGUUCCCUAAAUCUCGGGAGGUCACAAUGGAAGGCAAGAUCAGCUUUUCUGGGCCGGCACCAGGACCCACUGACCCCCUCUGCACCAAACUUACAGCCUAUAUCAAAUUGUAUUUCAAAGUGCCUGACAUGACGCUCUCUGGGUGCUGUGUGGACCAGCAUUCAGUGCAGGUUUAUUCCUCUGCCAAGCCGCGGAUUGUAACAUCCAGAGAACUUCUAUCCAAAGAGUACUUCAUAUGGAAUUCAACAGGUACUGCUCCAGUUUCCUCUGGGCAGAUGAUGCUGUAGCAUGGACCCAAUGGUGGAAAGGUGCACAGUUCACCAUACUGUAGCAGGACUGAAGACCCUGUCAGCAUAUUAUACAGUGAUCCAGACCAGAUAUGUGACCCCAUAAAAUCUACUUGUUACAAUCCUGUUGUUCCUGGAGAGCUCACAAAUGUAAAUGGCAAAUCAUUUAUACAGCUAACAUUUCUAACAUUUACAUGUACAAUAUAUGACUAAAUAAUUUUACUUUCACUUUGAUAGUACACCGUUCAAAAUGUACAAAUUCUGACUGGAAGUUUUAAUUUUGUUACUGGAUGGAUACUUAAAAAAAAAAAAACUCCCCCUGUUGUCCAACUUCUUUUAUCCCCCAGCCUCCACCCUCCCUCAAAUUUAUCCCAUUUCAGACACAAGGGCCACCCCUUGCUCUGACAGUCCCACUUCAGUGACUCUCCAUCAGCCGGAUAAUUAGCAGCUGGGGCCUUGUCAUCAGCUGUUGUGGGCCUGGAGGAGAGGGGCGGCUGGGCUAUGAAAGGCCAGGCUGCUCUGGCCAGUGUCUUGGCUACAAAAGGCUCCUCUUUUAGAGCCGGCAGGAGUCCUUGCCCCUUCCACCGGUCACUCCCCCACCUCUCUUUUGACCCCGUCCCCGCCCUGUCAACUAGUGGCUAGUUCAAACACACAACCUCUCCAACCAGACUGUGAUUGAGCGCUGACCCUCUGGCCCUCUGAGACUUUCAAGCAGCCGGUCCCAUUCAGCGAGCAGGACCAGCCUAAUUGGUGAAAAAGUCACAAGGAUGGAAGUGCUUGGGUCGCCUCUUGAAGUUGCAUAGUUGCUUUAACUAGUUAAUGUAGAACUUUAAGCACAUGAUUUUGAUCUUUAUUGUUUUAACGCAAAUGUCAUGGUAGACUUUCCUUUAUAAUCAGUAUUUAAUUAUUAAAUAUUUAAUUAAAUUAAAGAUUUAAAAAAAGGGUUUAUUUGGGUGGGAAAUUUUUCAUUGUUUACUAUUACCUGAAAUAUGAUUAGUUUCUUACUAACUCUGUAACAUUUCUACUAUGAAAGCUCCACCUCAGUGUAUUAGGUUGACUGAAUAACUAGCUGAUGAAGGGUUAAAUCAGAGGAGAUUGUGCCCCACUAUUCCACAGCAGCCAGACUCCUCUGAGUGCCCUCAUUGUCUGCUGUUGGCCUCUUGUGCCCCUUGCUGGUCCAAAUGCUACAUUCUCACGUGGAUUUCCACUCAGAAGGCUGACCAUGACCAAUCCUCUGUCAAUUGGAACCAAUUGCUCACACGGCAUCCUUCACCUUCUUUUUAUGUAGCAGUACGGAGUGGCAGACACCGAGACCUCUCGGCUCUCCCCCUCCACGAUGAUUUGGCUUUAAGGCCCAGUGUGUGUGGCUAGCGAACUGGAAAAGGAGAAGUUUUUUUUUGAAGAGUUGGGCCACUCUAAAUCUCUUCAGUAUCCCAAUAUGUGGUCAGUCUGGCUCCUCAAGUCUGCAGUCAGUGGCCUCUCACUGGCAGACUUUGCUUUGUUGAUUGAAAAGCUUGCUAAGUAGAUGGACUCGUUUUAAUGUUUUGCUCUGCUCCAGUGCCUUCAGCUCAUACCUUUCAUGUGGCCCUGUUUUUCAGAAUCAUUAAUCAUUUAUUUAUUUAAUCAUUGUUUACACUUGUAUACACACAUACAGGAAAGGGAUUAACACUUUUGUACAAUAAUGAUCAAAAUAAAUAAUACAUUUGUGAAAGUAAA